AUGGCUGAAAAUAGAAAUCAUGGCUAUGAUGCUAUCUUUGAACCUGAAGUUGAUAAGAAGUAUACCUGUCCUGUAUGUUUAGCUGUGUUGAGAGAUGCUGUACAGACUCAUUGCGGUCAUAGAUUCUGUGAAGUCUGUAUUACAAACGUUAUAGGAACAAGACGAGCUGCAAGAUGUCCAGUUGAUAACACUUGGUUCUACUGUGAUGGUCAGCUGUUUGAAGAUAUAGCAAUAAGAAGAGAAAUUCUGUCUUUCGCAGUGAAAUGUUACUAUUUCAAUGAAGGAUGUGAGUGGAAAGGUGAACUAAGAGACUAUGAGGAACAUAUUGAAGAAUGUAUAUAUCGACCAGUAGAAUGUACACAUCAAUGUGGAGCUUCGGUACUAUAUUUAAAUCUAUCUGAACAUCUUGAUAUUUGUCCAAGAAGACCAACUAUUUGUGCUCAUUGUCAAGAGAACAUCAUACAUGUUGAUAUGACGAAGCAUCAGUUACUAUUUUGUCAGAAGUUUCCAGUAAGCUGUACUCUUUGUGGUAAAACUGGUAUUCUACGUGAGAACAUACCAACACAUGUCGAUACUAAAACAGGAGAUUGUCCCAAUACAACCAUAUUGUGUUGUUUCCAAUCUGUGGGCUGUCAUUUCAUGGAUCGUCGUGGAUUAAUGAGUAACCAUUAUAGUGAGAACAUGGAGGAACAUCUCUCAUUAAUAUUAUCAAGUGGUAUGGAAAUGUAUAAACAGAUGGCAGGAGGCAGGAGAGAAAUUGCCAAAUUACGUGAAGAAAUGGAACCAUUACAAAUCCUUGUGCUCUCUCAGAAGUAUAAAUUAGAAGAACAAAGUCAAUAUUUAAAUAGUUCGAGGAAUGAGAAUAGAAGAGGAUGUGUUCACUGGACAAUACCAGAAUCAGAUUCUGAUGAGGACAUCACAUCACCGUUUGUCUAUACCAGUACUCCUGGUUAUAAGAUUAACUUCGCCUUAUCCUUCAAUGCACAAUCUUUAGGCUUCAAUUCAUCUCAUACCUAUCUUAUUGCCUAUAUACACAAUAGAGAGGAUGAAGAACAAAUAGACUUCCCAGUUCAAAUUAAAUAUAAAAUCACUCUCUAUGAUCAACUCAGUCCUAAAUUUUCCCGAAGUAAUUUUACCUCUACUAUUGAAUGUGAUUAUGAACGAGUGCCUACCAACCAUCUGAUAUCUUAUGAAGUUUGUGGAACUAAGAAAUUGUUACCGACCACCUCAUUGUUUUCAUCUCAUUAUAAAAAGAAUCGACAAAUAUUUAUGAAAAUUGAAGAGUGCUAA